CCCGUCAGACAUAGUGCCACAUCAGACACAGUGCCACGUCAGCAGUGCCAUGUCAGCAGUGCCACGCCAGACACAGUGCCACAUCAGACACAGUGCCACGUCAGCAAUGCCCCGCCACCAUGACGGGCGCAGCUCUGGGCAUGCCAGGCCAACUGGCCAACGAGACCAUUGCCGACUACAAAAAGCGUUUCCAGGCUCAGCUCGCUGCAAUCAAGGCUGAGGAACAACGCCAGCUGGCAGCCAAGGCUUCCCAGCUACAGGCUGAAGAAGCGGCAACAGCAGAGAAGYUGCGGCUACAGGCCGAAGCAGACGCAGAUACCCAGGCUCACCGAAAGGAAGCCCARGAUCUGUUGCUGCGGCACGAAGCCAACAGCAUCGACAGACUCAAGUACUGGCACUUUGAACCRAACGGCGACGAGCCAACACCGGAAGAGCAGCAUAAGGAGUUCUUGGCCAAGCUCGUGGCCAGGCUGGUUUACACAUKUAACCACCUGCAGUCCGAGCUGGCAAACCUUCAGCGGGCUGUGCGGAACCAUAAGACUCAGCAUGAGGAUGCCACACGGGCACUGGACACCCGUGUACUGGACCUGGAACAGGAUGUACCAGGACCAGCUGCUGGGGCUUCCAGCAGUGCAUCCUCUAGCUGCCAACUGGAGGAACGCGUUGACCACGUAGUGGCAAUGCUAGGAGACAUAAGUGCCUUCACAGAGCCGGCCACCAUCAGCCAGCGGUUCGAGUUGCUGGACACCAAGAUCAGUCAGCAACAGCAGACCGACCACAGCCACAACAACAGCUCGGCGAGGCCAUACAAGAUGCCGACGUUCCGGAUCGAGAAAUUUGAUGACUACACACAUCAAGACCCGGUCGUCUGGUGGCAAGGAUUUACAACGGAGUUGGGGAUCCAUGAGGUCCCUGACCAUCUGUUCAUCAGUGCUUUGAAGGUCACCUGGGAGGAUAUGACAAAGGAAUGGAAGAAGCGGUUCAUAGUGGAUGACGCACCCGCGCUCGCCAUCAACCGCAUCUUCGCGAUGGCUCAAGGGAGCACACCGACAUGUGACUGGCUCACGGAUUGGCAGAAGAUCAUGGCCACGCCCGAUCUGGACUUGCCAUUUCCGCAUCUCCGCCGUGAGUUCUACAACAGGUCAUGCGCCGCUCUCAGCCUCGCACUGGGUGAUCGCGAGCAGUACAGCACUUUCGCAGAGAUCAUCAACAAGGCGAGAGAGAUCAUCAAGACCAACAGGGGGGCCGCACACAAGAAGUCAACGUGGCAGCCAAACUAUGUGGAGAAGGUACGAACUGGUCCGCGACAGCAGCAGUUCGCUGCAGUCCAAUCGGACAGUGGAGAAGACCCAGCAGCCACUCCAACAUCACGUGAGGGAGAUCAGGUGGCUGCUGUCCAGCCGCGAAGCAACAAGCCCCGAGUGAACAGGAAGGCGAAACCAGCAUCGCAGGCCGGAAACGGACARCCAGCACCACCAUGGGUCAAGUUYGGCUUGACCGAGGCCGAGUACAAGUACCGCAACCGUUACGGCUGCUGUUACUGGUGCAACAACACCAAGCACAAGACCUCCAUUUGCCAAGAUCAGGCCAAGGAGGAUGUGCGGCCUCCUUCGCCGCUAUCUAUCGUCGGGGAUUCAUCGUCGUGGUCAAGACUUGAGGUGCUCGAGCCACUGACGUUCACGGACUUCCAGUGGAUGCCCGUUCCCCAGACCGGACGAUUGCCGAAACCGCAUUGCAAUGUGCUCAUGGCACAACUGCGAGAUUACUUGCACACUGCAGUACCAGCUCCGUUGAUGGACGCCGGAGUAGAGGUUGUCGACCUUCACGCUUACAUUGUGAAGAUCGAUCGCGAGUUCAAAACGCAAAGGUACGACGACAUCGACGCACCAUUGCUAUAUGUACGCAUUCAGAUCGGAGAGGCGACCUGCAACGCCUUGAUCGAUUGCGGAUCAUCUCGCAACUACAUCAGCCAGGACUUCAUGGUGCGCGCCGGCCUUGGCCCACGUGUCCGGAGGAAGUCCCAACCUACGCAAGUCACUUUGGCAGACGGUCAUACGCACAAGUCCAUCGACCAGUGCAUUGACGCCGUCCCCAUGUACUUUGCCCCUCACGCGAGUGAGGCGGUGUCCUUUGAUAUUCUGGACACCAAAUUUGACAUGAUCUUGGGCAUGUCAUGGCUGCGAAGCGAGGAUCACCCGGUGAACUUCUUCCACCGCACCGUUCACAUUCGUGAUCGGAACGGAGUAUUAGUUCCAUGCACGGUACCUCUUCCUCAUCCUUCGAUCAGCUGCCACGUGGUAUCCGCCGCAAGCAUUCGAGCAUCCAUCAUCAGAGACAACAUCGAGGAGAUGGGGGUGUGUUUUCUCCACGCCCUCCCGCCCCGAGACGCUUCAUCGACGGACUUAUCUUCGGAUCCACGCAUCACCGAACUUCUCGACGCCUACAGCGACGUGUUCGAAGGCCCGCACAGAGUAGUACCGGAUCGGCCCAUCCGCCACGAGAUCAUCCUCGAGGACGGGGCCGUACCUCCGCGCGGCUGCAUCUACCGAAUGAGCGAGGAAGAGUUAAGUGUGCUCCGUGCACAACUUGACGAUCUUCUAGAGAAAGGCUGGAUUCGGCCUAGCUCAUCGCCAUACGGUGCUCCUGUCCUCUUUGUCCGAGAGAAGAACAAGGACCUGCGGUUGUGCAUCGAUUAUCGCAAGCUCAACGCGCAGACGAUCAGGAACGCCGGCCCUCUCCCACGCAUCGACGACCUUCUCGAGCGAUUGGGCGGCACCAAGUUCUUCUCUAAGCUGGAUCUCAAGUCAGGAUACCACCAACUCGAGAUUCACAAGGAGGAUCGCUACAAGACCACGUUUAAGACACGGUAUGGGCAUUUCGAAUGGCUGGUCAUGCCGUUUGGCCUUACGAAUGCCCCAGCCACUUUCCAAGCGGCUAUGACAACGGAGUUCCGACACAUGCUGGAUCGGUUUGUACUCAUCUACCUCGACGACAUCUUGAUGUAUGGUCGGAGUUUGGACGAGCAUGUGGAACACCUGCGCACCGUUUUGGAGCGGCUACGACAAGCCAAGUACAAAGCAAACCACCACAAAUGCGAGUUCGCACAGCAGGAGCUGGAAAACUUGGGACACUAUGUGACGCCGCAAGGCAUCCUGCCUCCCAUCAACUCGCUUGAUGAUGCAAGGAAGAAGGAGCUGCUCGCAUUCGUCAUGGCUCUCAAGCGAUGGCGGCACUUCCUCCUUGGGCGUCGUAGGUUUACAUGGGUCACGGACAACAAUCCAUUGACUUACUACAAGACGCAGGAUACGGUGAGCAGCACGAUCGGACGAUGGAUGUACUUCAUCGACCAAUUUGACUUCACACCGAAACAUCUGCUUGGCCUCUCAAAUCGCGUAGCAGAUGCACUCUCGCGAAGACCCGAUCUUUGCACUAUGACACAUCAUGCCUUCGCAUUCGACGAGGAGCUUCAGCGACACUUCAUCCGGGCAUAUCAGUCUGAUCCGGACUUCGGCACGCUCUAUGCACAACUAUCUUCGGAUCACCCGCCGACCAACCAUUACCGCAUUGCCGACAGGUACUUGCUCCUCCACUCGAGAGGCAAGGACUUACUAUGUGUCCCACGCGACCGUCGUCUUCGGACUCGCCUCUUUGGCGAGUAUCAUGAUUCACGACUCGCCGGCCAUUUCGGAGUCAACCGCACUAUUGCACGGCUUCGACAGCGAUUCCGAUGGCCCGACCUCAUUACCGAUGUCACUCRGUAUUGCGACUCUUGCGAAGUUUGUCAACGCAACAAGCCCCGCAACCGCAAUCCCUACGGCGAGUUACACCCGAUGCCUAUCCCACGGGAACCCAGUCUCUCCAUUGCCAUGGACGUCACCGGUCCGUUUCCUCGCGACCGGCUCGGGCACGACGGCAUCCUCACGGUUGUGGACCGAUUGAGUAAGUACGCGCGUUUUCUGCCUUGCAAGUACUACUCCACGGCUCCCGAGCUGGCACGCCUCCUGCACACUGGUUGGAUUUGUGGCCACGGUGUACCAGAAGACAUUGUCAGCGACCGCGACACUCGUUUCAUGUCGGCAUUUUGGACUGCUCUCAUGCAGGAGUCCGGCACAACGAUGAAACCAAGUUCGUCUCGACAUCCUCAGACAGACGGGCAGACGGAGCGGGCACAUCAAACCGCUCAAAUGAUGCUUCGUACGCUCAUUCGUCCGGACCAGAAAGAUUGGGUUGACCGCCUCCCCGACAUCGAGUUCGCCUACAACACUUCGGUGCACCCGGCGAUCGGCGUGACUCCAUUCGAGUUGCACCACGGUGGACGGAAAGGCCGCAUCUUCGCCAACCUUCUCCUCCCUCGACCAGCCGACAUUGACGCCGCUUGCUCCCCCGCUUCCGUUCGGAAGUACAGGGACUUGCUGACUCAAGCCCGCGCAAAUAUGCAAAAGGCUCAAGUUCGCAUGCAGCAGCAAGCCAACAGGCGUCGCGUACCAUGUCGCAUCCGCGCCGGUGAUCUGGUUUGGGUCUCCGCGGAAGAGUUUGCACUCGAACGGGACGUUUCACGCAAACUGCUUCCAAAGUGGUUUGGACCUUGGUCUGUGACAGCAGCCGCGGGCGAUGAGCCCGAUGGCCCUUCAUUUGUGAUCAACAUUCCAGACCAUCUGACGGUCCAUCCGGUCUUCCACGCCUCGAAGCUGGCAACAUACACGCCAGCCAAAAGUGACGACUUUCCGGGCUGACGAUCGCAGGACCCUCCUUCUAUGGAUGGCCAUCAGGAAGUUGACCGCGUCAUCACCGAUU